AUGUCUUUUCCUUCAGGCUCCCAUGAGCCAGAGUUACCGAUACCCAACUCGAAGAAGCGUCGUCUCCAGGGCGCCUGCGAUAUAUGUCGUAGCAAGAAAAUUCGAUGCGACAGUGCUAGAAUGCCCAACAACAUAUGUUCCAACUGUAUCUCAUUUGGCUCAGAUUGCACUCACUUUGCUUCUUCAUCCAAUAAACGAACGAGCACCAAGACUUCUCGCCCUCGCGCCGAAGAGAAAGCUCGAACCCCCAUUCAAAACCAGAUUGCCGCAAUACUGUCAACUAAAGCAACUUACACUCUACCACAAGACCCUGCCGCUGCCCUGCGUAUUCUGGUGGAUGUUGCCGCAUAUGCAAAGAGCUUAGAACAAGAAGUUGCUGUCCUCAAAGAGGCAGCUUUGCCCGACUUACCCAUUGUCGACCCGAGUACUGCUUAUACGCGACCUCCUACGCCAACCGACCUAUCACUAAGCGCCACUGACGGUUGUGUACUGACAGAUCUUAACGAGCGGAUGAAGGGUCUGAUGGUUGACUCCAGCCAUAACAGAUUCUACGGUCAAUCGAGCGACAUCAUGCUCGUCAAGACAGCGAUGGACAUCAAGCGGGAAACGGGCGAGGACCAGAGCAUGGCCGACCGCCUCCUCGCGUUGAAACGACCUGAAUACUGGCUUGCAAAGCCAUGGCACGAGCCUCCUGCAGAAGCCCCAGACCUAUAUGUUUUCCCAGAAGACGACCUUCUACAUAGCCUGAUGAGCUUAUAUUUCUUCCAUUGUCACCCGUUCAUCCCACUGUUGCAUCGGCAAACGUUCGAAAAAGCAGUAGCAGAUGGGCUCCAUCUGCGCAAUAGCCGUUUUGGUGCCACUUUGCUGCUGGUCUGCGCGAUGGGCUCGCGCUACUCCAACGACCCUCGGGUGAUUCUAGAAGGAACAAACUCAGAGUUAAGUUGUGGUUGGAAGUGGGCUGGCCAAAUCCGACUGGUCCGCCAGUCCUUCUCCACCACACCAUCCCUCUAUGAUGUCCAAAUAUGUUGUUCGUAUUUCUCCAGGGAACUGGUUGUCCUGAGCUUUGUUGGGUCCUCACCUCGAUUGGGAUACGCCUCGCUCAAGAUGUUGGCGCUCAUCGACGGCGGCGAUAUACUGGAGAUAAGCCUGCCGAGGAUCAGCUUUGGACAAGGGCAUUUUGUACGGGUUCUAGUCUGUAUCGACGUCCUCUUGAGUGCGUCAUUUGGACGACCACGAGCCACGACUGCCGAAGACUUUGACUUGGACUUACCGAUUGAAUGUGACGACAUCCACUGGGAAGCGGGCUUCAAACAACCGGAUGGCGUGCCCUCAAUGAUUGCUUACAUGAACGCCUAUAUCAAACUUUUGGAUAUCCUAGGGUUUGCACAGCGGACAUUGUACACUCUCAAGCGGUCAAAGAAACGAGGAAAAGAAGCGGAACAGUGGAACCAACAAGUCGUUGCCGAAUUGGAUUCAGCAAUGAAUAACUGGAUCGACUCAUUACCAGACCAUCUCAAGUGGGACCCCAACCGUGAAAACUUUCACUUUUUCCAACAAUCCGCAUCCCUCUACGCAUCGUAUUACCACGUCCAGAUACAAAUCCACCGACCGUUCAUUCCCGUCCCGGGCCGAUCUUCUCCGUUAUCGUACCCAUCGUUGGCUGUCUGCGCCAACUCCGCGCGCUCAUGCGCCCAUGUCAUGGAUGUCCAGUCUCGCAGAGGAAUACUGCCACUCGCCCAUGUCAAGAUGGCGUUGUUCGAUUCUUCCGUUAUCCUCCUCCUUAUCAUUUGGUCUGGUAAGAAAAACGGUGUUAUAGUCGAUACCAGCAAGGAGAUUUAUGAUGUUCACACCUGUCUGAACAUUAUGAAGUCCUUUGAACGACGUUGGCAAGUUGCUGGCAGGCUCUGGGAUACCUUAUAUGCCAUGCUGAGUGCUGGUGAUUUGCUAGUUGAACCCAUGCCGCCUUCUCUCAAACGCGAACGCGAGCCUGAGGGUGAAUCACCAGGGUCCCACUCAAGCCCAACAAGUGGCUCAGACACUUCAAACUAUCCUCAAACACCAAUUGUGCCCUUCGUUGAACAGAUGUCUCGUCCAACUGUUUCGACAAUCCCCUUGCAGCCUACAUUACUUCCUGUCCACUCUUCGGAACUUGGCCGUCUUCCAACCCAGCAAUGGGAAUUUGAAAUCGCCAACCCAUUCAUGGCGAGUGGUGCUCUGGCGUCAUACUUGGGACCCGACUCCGGUUUCCAAGAUGACAAUGGGUGGUCAAAGGUUUUGCCAUCGGAUUAUCUUCCUUCGCUUGUGGACAAAUCAUUAGGCUCUGAAGGUGCACCAAACUGGGCCUAUACCGCCACAACAGAUGAAUCUUGGACGGAAUGGGACCAGCACCAGUAUAUGGCUGGUCGGCGGUAG